UGAGGAAACAAGACACACCAGCCCAACAGAGCAUUUUUUGUUUUCCUUGACCAUGACGGAUACUGCAGCAGAGGAAGACAAGGACCCUGACAUCGAGCUAUUUGUCAAGGCUGGGAUUGACGGUGAGAGCAUUGGAAACUGCCCAUUCUCUCAGCGCCUCUUCAUGAUCCUCUGGCUGAAGGGAGUAGUCUUCAAUGUGACCACUGUUGACCUCAAGAGGAAACCGGCUGACCUUCACAACCUGGCCCCGGGGACUCACCCGCCCUUCCUCACCUUCCAGGGGGAGGUACUCACCGAUGUCAACAAAAUCGAGGAGUACCUUGAGGCGAAUCUGGCUCCACCAAAGUAUCCCAAACUUGCAGCAAAGAACCGUGACUCCAACACAGCAGGAAAUGACAUAUUUGCCAGAUUCUCAGCUUACGUCAAAAACACAAAACCAGAUAAACAUAAUGCGUUAGAGCAGAGUCUGAACAAGGCCUUGUCUAAGCUGGAUGAGUAUCUGAUGAGUCCACUACCUGAAGAGGUUCAGGCAGGUCAUCACUUUGAGGGAGAAUCCAACCGUAAAUAUCUAGACGGUGAUGACCUGACGCUUGCUGACUGUAACCUCCUGCCCAAACUCCAUGUAGUCAAGGUGGUUGCGAAGAAAUAUCGCAACUAUGACAUCCCGUCUGAAUUUAGAGGAGUUUGGCGUUACCUGGGUAACGCCUACGACCGAGACGAGUUCACCAACACGUGUGCAGCCAACGAGGAGAUCGAGCUAGCCUAUCAGGACGUAGCGAAGAGACUUGGGAAAUGAAUCAGCACAACCACAGUCACUGUUCUACCUUUUCUCUCCUUUUAGAAAAUUGAAUUAAUCAUACUUCUACUACAUUGCUUUUUUUUAAAGGUGCAGUGUAGCAUCUCCAGUCUGAUUCUACUGUAAUAAUAUUUACUGUAUGAAGAGUCUGAAAAUAGUUUGUUUAUUGUGAUUAUACUGCUGUCAUUUCUCAGAGAAUAAUGUGAUUUUCUUUUUUUUGUUUGAGACGAAAGGUCUGAAAAAGUUUGAAAUUGCAAAACAAUGAAUUGUCUAAUCAAAAGUAAGCACAGCAGAUCUGUCAAGCUCAAUACUUGGCAUUUAAAGAGUUUGGAUGUUGAGGUUGUCAAUACUUUACCAAUACCAAAAAGAGUGAAAGUGUAAGGAAUG